GUAAGAUCAAGCUUUCUCGGACCCCCUUCUCUAAGGGUUCCUAGGUUGAGAAAGCCUUUAAAGAGAUGAAGGGUAGCGGCCUCAUCGAUCAUGAGCGCCUCCACAAUCCUAAAUUGUUCAGGCAAGCUGGAUUUUACUUCUUAGGCAAUCAUCCCAUUAUCUCAUUCGAUUUUGCCCAAAUCAUCUCCCCUGACUCUGGUGCCAGCGGCUCUCACGAUCCUACUUCUCCUGAGCGGAAUGAACCCUCAUCCUCUGGCGCUCGACAUCCCACGGUCAAGCUUGCUAACCCUCUUCAUGAUCUCAAGCCCAUCAAAGCCUCUUCCUUGGCUCCAGACGUUCCUAUUACCCUCAGUUUCUCAGAGCCAAACUACAAAAAAUGGAGCCGCCUUUUCCUUCUUUUGGUUCGACGUUUCAACCUUGAAGGCUUCCUCACCGGUGAGAAAACCUCAACCGGAAAAGAUGACGUCAAAUGGCUCCAACUAGACGCCCUUAUUCAAGGAUGGAUUCUCUCCACCGUCAAUGACGAGGUAUCGGAUCUCAUCAUCUCUUCCACCACAUCCGCUGCCGAUCUUUGGAAAUCGAUUCAUAACUUGUUUCACGAUAACAUGGCGGCAAGAGCCAUGCAAUUGGAGCAACAAUUCUUCAACACCGUCAAAAGAACAUCUACUAUUGCUACGUAUUGUCAGACGCUUCGAAAUAUUGCCGAUUGGCUUGACGAUGUCGAUGCCCCGGUCACCGAGAAUCAACUUGUCUUGCAAACCCUACGUGGCCUCCCGGAGGAUCUAAGCAAUCAAGCCUCGUUCUUACAGUUUCAAAAACCUCCGCCAACAUUCAUGGAGACCCGACCAGCCCUCCUUCUUCUCGAGGGACAGCGGCGACCUGCCGCCGGCGAGGGGAGCACGGCGCUGGCAGCACACGGCGGAGGAGGCCCUCGCGGACCAGGCUUCGGUGGUCAUGGCGGACAGCAUCUCGGACUCAGCAGCGGCAGUAAUGGACCAGCCCAGACGUACGGCGGACGGGGACAGUCGCACGGUGGCCGCAGUGGACGGCCGACUCGUGGUCGUGGUCGAGGACGAAACGUCGGAACUCCCUCUCGGCACUUCUCUGGGCAGUUCUCUCCUUGGCAGAUCACUUAUCCUUCUCACUAGUGGGCUGGGCUUUUGGGCCAACGCC